AUGCGACAAUUGUUGACAGAUCUUAAUGCAAACAUUGAUGAACCAAUGACCAUUUACGAUGACAAUCAGUCAGCUAUUGCUAUGUCCAAGAACCCACAAUUUCAUGGACGAUCUAAACACAUAGACAUCAAAUAUCAUUUUGUACGAGAUCAAGUAGAAAAGAAAACAUUAACUGUUCUUUACUGUCCAACAGGUAGCAUGUUAGCUGAUUUAUUCACGAAGGGUAUUCCAAAGGAACAAUUUAAGAAAUUGCGUGAACUAACAGGUGUUGCAAUAAAACCUAAGUAG